CAAGUGAUGGAGCUGAUCCUCCUUAUUGCAAAAAAAUCUACCUCCAACUUGGGAUUCAAUAAGAAGGGAGUUAGAGGAAUGCAAUAAUAAACUAAUCACACUACAUCUCAGUGAUUUCACAGAGAGAGAGAUGAGGUUUCUCCCGUCUUCAUUGCUUCUGCUUCUUCUAGCCAUUGCCCCUUUGGGCUUCACUCAGCAGACUGCAACUGAGGAGUAUAGCAGAGAUGACUUCCCUUCUGAGUUUGUUUUUGGAGCAGGGACCUCAGCUUAUCAGUAUGAGGGUGCAGUAGCAGAGGAUGGAAGGAGUCCAAGCAUUUGGGAUACUUUCACACUUGCAGGGAACAUGGCAGAUAAAAGCACAGGUGAUGUGGCUUCUGAUGGGUACCACAAAUAUAAGGAGGAUGUCAAACUCAUGAGUGAUCUAGGGCUCGAAGCCUACAGAUUUUCCAUCUCGUGGUCAAGGCUUCUUCCAAAUGGGAGAGGAGACGUCAAUCCAAAAGGCCUCAAGUAUUAUAACGAUCUUAUCAACGAGCUAAUUGAACAUGGAAUUCAGCCGCAGAUCACACUUCACCAUCUAGAUCUUCCCCAGGUCCUUGAAGACGAAUAUGGAGGAUGGCUUAGCACUAAGAUUAUAGAUGAUUUCAGAGAAUAUGCGGAUGUGUGCUUCAAAGAGUUCGGAGACAGGGUUUCUUACUGGACUACGAUUGUUGAACCGAAUGUAAAUGGUCAGGCAUCCUAUGACUAUGGAUUUUUCCCACCACAGCGAUGUUCUUAUCCAUUUGGGGCUUAUAAUUGCUCAGCCGGGAAUUCUACAGUGGAGCCUUAUAUCACAGUCCACAAUAUGCUCUUAGCUCAUGCAGCAGUUGUGAACCUAUACCGAACCAAAUAUCAAGCUAUGCAAAAGGGUUGGAUAAGCUUGAAUCUCUAUACCUUAUGGUUAUGUCCCUUUUCAAAUUCCUCGGGCGAUGUUGAGGCCACGCAAAGGGAAAUGGAUUUUAUGAUCGGCUGGGUUAUGAACCCGCUAGUGUUUGGAGAUUACCCGGAGAUCAUGAAGAAGAAUGCCGGUCAAAGGCUUCCAUCUUUCACCAGAUUAGAAUCAGAACAGGUGAAGGGCUCAUUCGACUUUAUUGGAUUGAACCACUACACAACGGCAUAUGUGAAGGACAACUCGAAUGGUCCUAUCUCUGGUCUUCGCGAUUUCACUGCAGAUUCAUAUUCCGUACUCACAGGUUCCAAGGAUGAUACACCAACUAGUCAUUUCGACCCAACUCACAUAAACAACGAUCCAUCUGGGCUUCGAAAGAUGCUGGGAUAUUUGAAAAACAAGUAUGGAAAUCCUCCUAUCUACAUCCAAGAGAACGGCUAUAGCAUGGGUGUCAAGGACACCCUCAACCUCAACGACACAGAUCGGAUUGACUACUUGGACGGAUACUUAAGAAGUACACUACAGGCUAUUAGGGAUGGAUCAGACGUGAGAGGGUACUUUGUGUGGUCGUUUGUAGAUGUUUUCGAAUUUUUGUUGGGCUAUGAAUCAAGCUUCGGGCUGUACUACGUGGAUUUUGAUGACGUAGAGCGCAAGAGGCAGCCAAAGCUCUCUGCACGUUGGUACUCCAACUUCCUCAGAAAGAAGAAGAAAGAUAUCCUCAUGCGGAAGAGUGGUCUUCAGGUAAUGCACCAUCAGCAGUGAUGCGUAUAGCUUAAAAGGAGUUCAUUUGCUUCUCCGAAGGCAGCAUGUUAUUUUGGGUACAUAACAUGAUAGUUAUAUCAAACAAAAUUCUGUUUUCAGUUGUAUCUUAGACGUCGGAAACGCUCUUUUUUCAUGUUUUAUUUUCAGUAUAGCUACAAAUAUUGAAACCUCUACUUGUAAACAAAGGACAUCAUGGAAAGAACUGGCAAAAAAUCA